AUGCAUGACAAAUUAUCACUGCAAAUCACUCGAAAACUUCACACCGAGAAAGAAUUGCCUCGAAAAAACAGGAGUCUUUGUUUCUUACCUCUGUUGUACAUAAGUAUGAAAGCGAUACGAGACGCCAAGAAGAGCGUGAAUAAGCACAUAAGCUUGUGCUUGGCAAGGCGCACCGAAGAGCAAAAAGCGAACAGCAAUGGAAGAAGAAAGGCGACAAAGACUACAACUGCAGAGAGAAGAAGAAGAAGAAAAGAACAAGGAGACACUACGACGAAUAAACGGGAAGGUGUGGACGAGGCGGCCUAGGUCAAAAUACAAUUUCUUCAUAAAGACAGAAGACGGCGAGUUGCAGUUCAGGGUCAGCAGUUUCUUCUUCUGCGAGAACGCAGGCAAGGAAGAGGCUAUGGUUUUCGGGACCACCUUCAGGCAGGACAGUAGUACAAAGACCUGGGUCGCCGAUUCCCUACCUCCCUAGAACAACACCCCACCCGGGGAAAUCAAAAAGAUAGUGUUACGCUGUACAUCCGAUAGUAGCGCCGAAUAAAAAGGACAACAAUACUAGUCGCAGGAUAAAACAGUCGUAGUAGUAGUAGUAGUAGUGUGCUUGGCAAGUGGAUAGUAGUUUUUGUUCGGUAGAAGUUGGAACUGGAUCUCGAGACUUUGUUUGGCUUUGCAUGACAAAUUUUCAAGAAGAUGACUUCACUUAGGACCAGUAACUAAGUAAUCUGAGAAAGCUUCUUACACCGGGGGGACGAUCCUGCUCAAGUGCAAGACUGUCAAAUUGCAGUAAAUGGAGUGCUUGUUGUGAGUCUUUGAUUCUGAAGCUUCCCUUGAGAGUGAGGAGUUUGUCGAUUGGAGUGCUUUGUUUCGUACGCUCCUCAUAAUCAAAAUCAUAUCGAUA